AUGGCCACAACUGCACCACCGGCCUACAACGUACCCUCAGCGAGUGGACCUGUUGAAGAGGCCGACGUUCUGCCUCCUGUCUACACGGUACCCACCCAGUUUGUCAUUGGAUCUUCGCGAACGACGGCGCCAUUGGUCAACAUCCAGGAGAUCAAAGGGCACCUUCUACUCCUCAAUGCGUUCGCCGAGCUGAAGAAGCGUAUCCUGUCUGCCGAUGUCCGAGCACCGAAUGCACCUCUGUCUGAAGAUCGCAAGUGGGGUUGGUUUGUGGCUUUAGCAGUGGAACGAUUUGACACCUGGUGCCGAGGAUUAAAGGCUGAUGACCCUGGAAAGGAUACGGAUAUUGUUCUACCACCGUUGGACGUUCUCAUGGUAUGGCACGCAUAUAUGUUGAAUCCGCGUUGGUACGCCGAGGAUUGUCUCGUGAAAUCCGAAUGCAAGAUCUUGAAAGAGUUCGAACUUCAUUUCACAAACGGUCUCAGAGGACGAUUCCAAACCUUGCUUUCAGGAAUUCCUUCCAAGGCGCGACUCGACUUCUGGAACUCUAGAACAUCCGUCAAGUUUGACUACAUCGACUACAUGAACUCGGUGACUGCGAAGAGGGUCGCUUGUCCUUUCUGCAAGUGGCCUGUCGAAGUCGAACUUAUGAAUCAGCUCGGCACAGGUUACCUGCAGCAGAAGUUCGCGGCAAUGUGCCCCAAGUAUUGUGGAAUUGGGGAUAUAACGAAGGAAACAAUGGCCCUCCGUAAGGUCGCGGACGACCUCGCAGCCAUACCGCCAGCAUCUCUUCCUGGAACCAUAUUCAACCCUUCCUCCAGUUCUGAUCCUACGACCGCAAAGAAAAUUAAAGAGAAGUUCGUAACCAAAGGCAAACCAUUCAGGCUCAUACCGGACCCCCCGUAUGGAACUCCCACUUAUCUCAAGGAAGUGUCGGAUUCCAUCAUGAGGUACACCAACUUUUCGAUGUCCAAGCUUAGGACGAUCAUAGGACCGGCGUCACGAUUGAACUCUAAGAUCCUAAGUGCCUACAAUGAUGACAAGAUAUACUCAGUCGAGCUCGUGGGAGCAGUUCUGAGGCAAGGGUUGUUCGUCCAGAAGAUGUACGACCUCGGAUGGACGAAGCCCGGUUUCUUUGACGGAUCAAGCGACGAACUCGCACUCCAGCACGCGCUGGCACGGUACCAUGCUUUCCUAGACCUGAUGGCCUCCUCUUUUGCCUCUUUCUUCGUACCAACCCUCGAUAUCGAUCUCGUUUGGCACACGCACCAACUCAUGCCCUCCAAGUACGAGUCCGAUUGCAAAGCCUGCAUCGGGCGGUUCAUCGACCACGACGACAAAGUCGAGGGGCUUCGUCUCUCCUCCGCCUUCGACAUCACCUACCGGGCGUGGAAGGACCGCUUCGGUGUGCCCUACACACACUGCGGGUGCCCCGCCCCGGGUGCAGGCGACAGCAUUGGCAAGCGCCUCUCGCGGCUCGUGGGCAUAUAUGCGCCCAACACGCAGGGGCCGUUGCACCUCCUCCCUUACGACCGCCCGGACUUGCUGAGCGCGACGCACCCGAGCGACCACAACGCUGUCCGGUUCGCAGCGAAGAGCGAGGCGAUGCACAGGAACAUGAGCACUCAGUAUGAGAACCUGAGGAGGAAGAAGGAGAAAGAGGCACGGAGUGCAGCGAAGAAGGCGAUGAAGCAGGAAGGCGAGGCCGCCCCGAUGCUGAAUGGGCCGCACCUUCCUCGUGUCCCAGGGGAAAGUACCAAUGGUGCUUCGAACACGAAAGACAAGAAGGACAAUAACUUCUACUGGUACGGUGCGGCUUUCUUGGAGUUGUGGGGGGAUGUGUGGCUGUUGGUGGAAUACACGUCACUGGAGCUGGAGGCUGCGGCGGUGGGUGCGGCGGAGGCGGCUGCGGAGGUGGGUGUGGCGGUGGGUGUGGGGGCAGCGCUGGAGGGGGCGGUGGUUGUGGAGGUGGAGGCGGAGGAGGCGGAUGUGGCGGCGGCGGUGGAAGUUGAAUAUUGCACGCUCUCCAGAUGCACAGAACUCAGGGAUGAAGACCUGACUUGUAGGAAUCUUCAGACAGGCAAGCACUUCAGGAUCGAAGGCAACGAAAAGGCGGACAGCGAGGCAAAAAAGGCAUUCAACUGCUGGAUCAAGUCCCAAAGCACAACUCACGAAGACCCUACAAAAGAACCUCCCUAUUGGCAAGCUUAA